GCAAAUUUUGCUUUACGUGGGGUGGCCCUGUGCCUAGAGUAACCAUCAUGGAUCCUAAUCUGGUCCGUGAAAUUCUAACUACCAAAUCUGGCCACUUUUUGAAACCAAAGAUUAACCCAAUAUGGAAGGUGUUGGUAACUGGACAUGCAAGUUAUGAUGUGGAAAAAUGGGCCAAAUGCAGGAGGAUUAUCAAUCCUGCAUUUCAUGUUGAGAAGCUGAAGCUUAUGCAACCAGCAUUCUUCAAUUGUUGUAGCGAAUUAAUUAAACGAUGGGAGAACAUAGUUGGCUCCAGUGAAACAUUUGAACUGGAUGUCUGGCCUGAAUUUCAAAAUUUAACUGGCGAUGUCAUCUCAAGGACAGCGUUUGGUAGUAGCUAUGAAGAAGGUAGACGAAUAUUUCAAAUUCAGACAGAGCAAGCCGAACUUCUUAUUCAGGCUUCUCGAACUGUAUAUAUUCCAGGUUUCAGAUUUUUACCUACUUCAAUGAACAGACGAAGAAAACACCUUGAUAAAGAGGUUCGAUCCCUUCUGAGAAGUAUGAUUGAAAAAAGAGAGAAGGCUAUCAAAUAUGGAGAGAAAAAUAGCGCCGAUCUAUUAGGCCUAAUGAUUGAGUCUAAUUUGAAAGAGUCUGAAGAGCAUGGAAAAUUUGAAAUAGGUGGACUGUCGGUUGAAGAUAUUAUUGAAGAAUGUAAACUAUUUUAUUUUGCUGGGCAAGAGACAACAAGUAUUUUGCUUAAUUGGACAGCAGUUUUGUUGAGUGUAUAUCCAAGUUGGCAGGAAAGAGCACGAGAAGAGAUCAUGCAAAUAUUUGGUGAAAAUGCACCAGACUUCGAUGGUUUAAGUCAAAUGAAGAUUAUGAACAUGAUUCUGCACGAGGUUCUAAGACUAUACCCCCCUGUUGUUCUUCUGAGCCGAAGGACGAAUAAGAGCAUGGAGGUCGGAGGUAUCACUUACCCUAAAGGCGUGAUGCUUUCUUUGCCUCUAAUAUUCAUUCACCAUGAUCCUGACAUUUGGGGAGAAGAUGUUCAUGAGUUCAAACCAGAGAGAUUUACAGAUGGCAUCUCAAAGGCUGCAAAGAAUAAUCAGAUGGCUUUUUUCUCAUUUGGUUGGGGUCCUCGCAUGUGCCUGGGUCAGAACUUUGCAAUGGCUGAAGCCAAGAUGUGCUUGAGCAUGAUACUUCAGCGUUUCAGGUUUGAGUUGUCGCCAUCCUAUAUCCAUGCUCCAUACACUGUCUUAACACUUCAACCUCAGCAUGGUACUCAGGUCUUGUUGCAUAAAUUAUGAUACAUGUACUAGAGUUACACAUAAAUAACACGGACAUCAAUAAAACUGCUAUUGUUUGUUGACUGAAGUGGUGGCCUUGGAUUGAAUUUUCUGUCUUGGUUCAUUUGGAGUGGCAAUUGUGUGGCUAUAUGUUAGCUGUUUGCAAUCAGACUGAUUAAAAACUUGUUUGUUUGGUUGGAAUUUCUGUUACUUCACACUGCAUGUGUGAAAAAAUAAAGAAAGAAAGGCUGCUGCAAUAUGACAACUCUUCUUCUUGGGAUGUAAUUAUACUG